CCUCCGCGUCAAACAAUUAGCGUAAGAAUUAAGUGAUCACUGGUGCAGCAGAGCAUCGUAUGCCGACCCAUGCAGCAGGUUUUAGCAAGUAUAAAAGAAAACCCACUCCGGAUACUGGCAUACCUUCCCAUCCCGUCCACCAUCUCCUUGCUGUCUCUAUGUCUUGCUUGAGCUUCAACAAACUCUUGCCUUCGAGAAAGGCGUGGAGGGUCUUCACUGACAAAGUGCAAACCAAAUUACACAAGCUUCAUCCAUCCAAAACCAUCAAGAAACCCAAGAAUAGGCUGAAGAAAACUGGCAAAAAGACUUCUUGCUGGCCUGCCUUUUGUACCCAGUCCAAAGUCCAGCGCAAGAGAUUCAAACACAAGCCAUCACAAACACAAACUUUACGCUCCUACUACGUCCAUAAAAGACCGUCGGCUGUGUAUAUUGACCGGCUGUUUAUCGAGCCUGCUGCGGUUUCCUUGGUUAGGGUGCAUUCGCAGCCACCCAAGAAAGCUGCUGCAACAACUGCUAGCAAGGAGUACCAGGAGGUAUGUCCAUCGACGCUGAAUACGGAGAAGCCUGAGCUCGUUGAUCAACGAGAAAAUACGGCAGGAACGAGCAAAGAAGAGGAGAAACUGAACGAGAACAUGCAUUCUGCAGAUGAUAUGUGGGAAUCGCUGGUGCUGGCAUCGCCACAGAUGAACGGAAUUAACGAGAGAGCAGAGGAAUUUAUUACUCGAUUCCGCGCAGAGAUGCUGCUUCAAGAGCAGCUGGCUCAUUACUUGUAGCAAUUAAUUGAACGCUUUCUUGCUUAUCUUUCCCGCCGUGUUCCAGUAACAUGUUUUAGAAUAAAGCGUAAUUUUGGUGACGUACACAUUUGCCAGUGGUCAUUCUGGCCAGGAGGCGCUAUUGAUUUACAACGUUCUUGUUUGUUGGAUACAUAAAAGAACCUCCAGCGGCAA